CUCAUUGCUUUAUUCCAAGCACACAAUGGAGGGGGCUACAAAGUGGGACCCUAGAUGCUCAAGAACAGCUGAUAAGCUCUGCUACUUCUGUGUCUGCAUGAAACUUCUUAAAGAUCAUGCCAAUAGUACUGCUUCUGUUGCUUCUUUCAUUCAAGCUGAACUUUUUCAUGCACAAUUGCGCAUCCAAGAGCUUGAAGCUGAGCAACAGUCGUUUCAGAAGGAAGUCAAGCACUUAUUGAAGAAGCUUGAGGAAAAAACAACCUCAUGGCUGAGGAGAGAACAUCAGAAAAUGAAUGCAGUCUUGAAUGAUUUAAAGAAUGAUUUGAGCAAUCAAAGGAAAAAGUAUCAAACCAUGGAAAUCAUCAGUUCCGAAUUGGUUAAUGAGAUGGCAGAUGUUAAAUUGUCUGAAAAGCAGUUCAAGAAAGAUUAUGAGGAAGAGAAAAAAGGCAGAGAAUUAAUGGAGGAAGUUUGUAAAGAAUUAGCACGUAAAAGUGCAGAAGAAAAAGCCAUGCUUGAAGCAAUGAAAAUGGAAUCUAUUAAAAUUUGGGAAGAAGUAGAAGAAGAGAGGAAAAUGUUGCAGAUUGCUGAGGUAUGGCCCGAGGAACGCGUCCAGAUGAAGCUUACUGAUGCGACAUUGGCCCUCGAGGAUAAGUAUUGUGAAAUGAACAAAUUAAUAGCAGAUUUUGAAGCUUUUUUGAUGUCAGGAAGUGCUACCUUGGAUGUGAGGGAGUUGAGAAAAGCUGAAUUGUUCAUACAAGCAGCUAAGUCUGUAAAUAUUGAAGAUAUCAAGGAAUUUUCUUAUAUGCCCUCAAAGCCAAGUGAUGUAUACUCCAUUUUAGAAGAAGUUAAACAAUUAGAAGCUGACAAGAGGAUGGUUGAACAAUGCAGUAAGUACAGUCCUGUAAGUGGUGUUUCCACUAUCCAGACUGAACAGACUGCUAGUUCAGUGGCAAAACAAUGUAAUAGCCAGCAUUUGCUGAAUUAUUCAAAUGGCUCUAUUGCCAACAACAGUCAAUUUGAAGAAUAUGCAAAAGCUUGGGAAUCCCAUUCUGAGGAAGAAGUUUCAAGUUAUUCCCUUGAAGGGAGCAACACCACUGUUAAUGGGAUCAAGAUCAGGGAAGGAAACUGCAAAAAUGCUUGGCAGAGUGCAAGAGAAUGGAAGGAGACCAUAAGAAAUGAUUCUCUAAAUACACAAAUGAGUGGGUUCUGCUCAGCUGAACAAUCAUCACAUAACAUACCUUUCACUGCUGCGCUUUUGGGAUCAUCAAGCCUAAGUAACAGCAGACGCAGUAAGAUAACAUUUGAUGAUGGUAGAGACUGGAGGAGCUCAAAUGACACAAUUUCUAGUCUGAAGAGAACUUCUCCGAAAAGAAAGUUGUGUGAAGGAAGGCCUAGGCUACUAAGGGACUUGGCGAAUCCACAUGUUACUCGAGGGAUGAAAGGAUGGAUUGAAUGGCCACGACAGAUCCAGAAGAAUAGCUUAAAAAAAGCCAAGCUUUUGCAAGUCAGUUUAGAGAGCCAGAAAGCUCACCUUCGUAGUUUUUUUGAAAGGAAGACUUAAUAAGGUAAGGAAUACAUAUUCUUAAAGUGUUUCCUUAACCAGAUCAAUAAUGUUACCUUGCAUCUCCAUGAAUGCCUUUAACUUCGGGCUCUGAAGACACAAGAUUUUGUUCAGGUUACCCUUAUGCAAGCAUGCAUGGUCCUAUUCAAGCAAUCACUUGCCAAGUUCCAGUCAUUUUGUUUCUAUAAUAGGAUUAUUCUUAUUUCUAGCUCAUAUUGCACA